CCAGAGUGGCGCGCGUUGGGCAGCGAUGACCGUCCGCCGUGACCAUCGGGCCCGCCUGCCCCCGCCGACACCUGAUCUUGCGCUAGCCGCCUUGGGCCCUGCCCUCGUUGCUCGUUGCUCUUACUCACCCAAUUCACUCAUCCCCACCGCCAGAACACUCAUGUAUCAUGUACUCUAUCCUCCGGGCAGCACAUGUAUUGAUCUAUGCAGCCAUGUAUCCAUGUCUGCAUCCAUCCAUAUAACCUCCUGUGUCAACUUCCUGUUGAAUCAAUCAGACAUCAACCACCGCUUCCAUCCAACCGCCGCCUCUGGCUGCUGUCUUGGGCACGACUGCAUUCCACCACUCUAUGCGUCGUGGGAACCAGGGAACAAAGAGAAGAAAAAAGAAUCCCAGAGCUCUGUCCAUACUCUGCCGUACUAUAGCCUUAACCCUCCCUCUCUAUACAGGUCAUCCCAGCGAGGACUGCGUCGUGGCACUUGCCAAUUAGCUCGGGACUACUCUCUUGUCCACUCAUCCUUCACCGGUAACCCUAUCUGCCUACUCACCCACCCACCUACCAUCUACUUAACUCUACUAGCAUACAUAGGUAGAUAG